AUGUCUACCAAACGACCAAACUUCCUGAUCGUUGUCGCCGAUGACCUCGGCUUCAGCGACAUCAGCCCCUUUGGCGGCGAAAUCGCAACGCCAACACUCGAGCGACUCGCAAAAGAAGGAGCUCAUCGGAAGACGAUUGAGAAGUAUAAAGGUGUUUAUGAUGAGGGGCCAGAGGCGUUACGCUUGAAGCGGUUGCGGAGGCUGAUUGAUCUUGGUCUUGUGCCGAAGGAUAUCGAGCCUGCGCCGGUGGUUGGGCCGUUGCAUUUGGAUCCUGAAUGGACCCAAAAGACGCUGGAAGAGAAGAUGUUAUCAGCUAGGAAGAUGAAGGUAUUCGCAGCAAUGUUAGACGAACUAGACCAGAAUCUGGGCCGAGUCAUAUCCUAUCUCGAGCAAACCAACGAACUAGACAACACCUUUAUCCUAUUCAUGUCCGACAAUGGCGCCGAGGGAGUUCUCCUCGAAGCAAUCCCAACCAUGGGUAACCGCGAAAUCCUCUCGGCCAUCAUCGACCAUUUCUACGACAACACGCUGGAGAACAUCGGGAACAGGAAUUCGUGGACCUGGUACGGACCACGUUGGGCAAGCGCUUCCAUGGCGCCGUCUCGUGGAUUUAAAACAUGGAUUACGGAGGGUCCUUGUAUCGUGCGUUAUCCACCUCUACAACUACCGCAAUGCGCACAUACAAACACGUUCACAACCGUCAUGGAUAUUCUCCCCACCAUCUUAGAGUUAGCUAGCAUUAAAGCUCCGCAGGGCCAAUUCCGGGGUCGCGAGGUUGUGCCGAUUCGUGGCUCGAGUUGGGUAGGGCAUUUGCAGUCUGGUGAUUUGACUGGGACAACGGUCCACGAUGAGCAGGAACACGUCACUGGAUGGGAGCUUUUUGGACUUCGUGCUAUCAGACAAGGGGAUUGGAAGGCGCUUUGGAUGUCGCCUCCUCGUGGGAAGGACAGAUGGGAAUUGUACAAUGUGGCAUCUGAUCCGGCGGAGAUACAUGACGAAGCGGACAACCAUCCGGAGAUUUUGGAGCGCUUGGUCAAACAUUGGGAAACUUAUUAUACAGAGACGGGGAUUUUUGAGUAUGGGCAUGAUUUUGCCUAUGUGAUGCAGUAG